ACAGCCUCAUACCUGGCCACCCCCCUCCGCUGUAGGGACUCCCUCCUAAUCGGGCUGCUGCCAUGCAGCGGUCCGUCAGUGUGCCAGCAGUCCCCGCAGAGCGCAGAGCGCAGAGCGCAGAGCAGCGCCGAAGCACGCCGUCUGUCACAGAGAGGAUCUCCGCACCAUUUCAGGAUUUGAUACGCAACAAACUGAUAACUGGAUAAACUGAGCGAACAAGGAGUCCACGCAGGUGAGGUGAGGACAAGGACGAGAUCUUCAUCUGCCCCAUCUGUCCAUCAACAGACCAAGUGCCUUGGUGCCGGCCACCUUCAGGUCACCUCAACCACGACGGGCGCCAAACAAUAAAAGUCUUGACCCUGGCGUCCCUCAGACAGACUGCACAGAACAAAUAUUUGAGGCCAUUAUAUCUCAUUUCUCAAGGCAGCCGUCACUGAAAAGAUCAACAGUGAAGGGUGUUGUUGGGAGAAAGAAAAAGAGAAGAAAACGUGUGGGAGGAAAAGUAACCCUUUCAAAGUGCACCCCUGCCUGCUAUUUCUGCUGCGGUGUGGGCAGGGAGCGUCUCUUUUGGGAGACAAAAAAAGGACUUCCCUGUGCCCUGCCUGCCUAUCCAAAUGCCUGUGUAAAUACUGGAUAGAGAUAUCAAUUUGUCUGGGCUCUAACAUUGGCCAACAAAGAGACUGCAAGCUAUCUAUAGAAAACGUUCCAAAAAACUUGGACUCUGUGGUCUCCUGAAUUGCUACCUAUCUAUUACCCCUCAAGGAAGAUUCACGAGCUGUGAGAACCGGAAGUAGAGCUGACACAGUUUUGUACACUUAGAAACUUAAUUUUCACAGGGCAAACAACUGCUUUCUGGGCGACACCAGAAGCUGUCAGUCAUUAACGGGGCUGCAGUUUUGAUGUCUCUCCAGGCUCAGUAACUCAAUAUGAAGCCCCUAACGCCAGCUGGAUCCCCCUCUCCUCUGAGGCUCCUCAACAAGGGUCCAGACUACCUGCGCAGGCAGAUAGAUGGUGGAGGCCACGGCCGCUCAAUCAGCGCUGUGGAGAGGCUUGAGGCGGACAAAGCCAAAUAUGUUAAGAGUCAGCAGGUGAUCAACACCAAACAGGAGCCUGUGCUGGUGCCCUGUGCUACCCCACCACCGCAGCCCCGGCGAGCUAUAUCCAUCCCCGGUAGCCUGACGCCUCAUCUUCCCCCACGGCAUUCAUCCAACACCCCCUUCUCUACGCUCUCUGGCUCCUUCACCUCAAAAGAUGAGAAUGAAAACGAUGACUCCAGGAAGGAGAACAGACGGACUUCUGUUGACAUUGAGGCGAAUAACAGGAGCAAUUUGAAAAAUGUCCUUCUUCCAAACCCCAGGACUCCUGGCAUCAACAACUUGGUAGCACCACACAGUGCCCCUGUACUCAGAAGGAGCACAGGCAAACGCAUGCUGAGGCCGGACUCCCUCGUCAUUUAUAGGCAGAAGAAAGAGUGCAAGACCCCAAGCAGUGCAGCAAUGGGAGAGAACGAUAACACGGAGGUGAAGGGCUACAGUUUUGUCCGCCGCCUUUUCCAAGGCUCCAUGAGGGAGAAGAGUAGCGGAGGUGAAGGCAGAAUUCAGAAGAUGGUGAUCGGUGAAGAGAAAGCACCAUCACGGGAUGGAGACUCCCGCAUGUCUUGGACCAAUGACAAAGACACUUCGGACGGAGGACCAGGGAGCAGGAGGUCCAGUAAAACUGACCAAGAACGCAGCCCAGGGUCUAUCCCCAGCCCUGGCUUUAACUGUGUGCUUGAACAGACUAAGAAUGGAUUUACAAAUGGUACUAAUGAUGGUACUACCAAUGGCAACCACUCAAGUAACCAUGAUGAUGAGAAUGACCCAUGGAAGCGUGCGUCACCCCCACCAGUACCCAGAAGGCAUUUUGGGGAGUUGCGGCGCUCAAAGUCAGACCUGCGUCUGAGCUGCUCGGCGUUAUCAGAGCAGGAGCAUUUCUUUGACUUCUGCGGGUUGGACGUGGACAUGAUAGAGCGUCUGGGUCGAGAGAAUUUCCUCUCUGGUGCCAGCUCCAUAGACACACUCUCAUUGGCCCUCCGCAGUGUAGGUGGCGGCUCAGAGCCCAGCGAGUUCUCCCAGCACUCGGGAGACGGGCUGUUUCAGGAGGAGCUGGCUGAGCAGCUUCCCAAUGGUGUGUCAAUCAUUGAGAGGAAUGCUCGUGUCAUCAAGUGGCUUUAUGGGUGUAAGAACGCUGCUCGAGAGGGACCCAAAGAGUCUACUGUUUAAUUAGUUAGGGACAAGGAACCAUGCGCUGUGGAGUGCUAAGUGUCUGAUGUGCUCUUUCUAACAUAACAAGGGUUCCUUGCUUUCUUUCCUGAUGCGUACAUCCUUACAAAGAGAGAAGUAACUAUUUAGUGAAAUCACCUGGGGGAGUAUUUGGUUCUGCAGACCUAUGUUUCAGACCCUUUGUGGUUGAGCUGCACUACACACCAAAAGUCAAGGCAUCGAAUCAUGAAUGAAUUUCACUUGAAUCUCAAAAACAACAUUCAGUAUGUGCGUGUGCCAGUGUGAUUAGCUAGAAGCAUUGACACAAUGCAUCAUAGAAGGAAAAAAUAGGGAUUUUUUCUCUUUUUUAGCUGCAAGCAGCAAUGCAAUUCAAAGCAGCUAGAAAAAUUAGAUUUUUCCUUUAAUUUUAAAUGAAUGUCAUUGAGAGUUGACUUUUGUUUCGGACGUAAAUGUCUGCACGUUGGGUUAGCACUCCACGGCACAUGAUUACCUUUAGUUCCCUACGAUCCCCGACUCCAAAGAGACAGUUUUUUUCAACUGCUACUAGUUUUUCUGGUAAAAGUGAUAUAUUGUAUUUAUGGAUCUCAAGGACAUAUUGUGUGGGUGUAGACAGACCUUAAUGAUGAAUGGAACUAUUUCUCAGAGCAAAAGGUUUUGGUAUCUGUGUGUAUGUGUGUAGCUGUGUGUGUAGUGGACGUUUCUGUCCUCUCCAUUUGCAGCUCUUUUUCGGUUAUUGACUGAACUGAUCUGAAAUCAGCCCCUGUGACCCCUCACAAGGCACAUAUGUGUAUGUUUGUCAUGACGCAGUGGACACAGUUUAGUGUCCUUGACACUGACACUCUCCUGUAACGACUAAAUUAAAAUGGAAAACCACUAAGCUAUGUUUUUUCUAAACUGUUGUAUGUGAGUGUGAAGUGAACCAUGAGUACCUCAUUCGGAUCUGUCCCAGUUUAGUUUGUGUGUUGUUUUUUUUUUACUCCUUAAACGCAGGCGUUGGAACAAACAUGCGAGGGCCCCUGUGGGGUUGUUAAUGCACUGAACUGGACAGACAGAGAGGAAAUGAAAGAUAGACAUAUAGCUUUGACUCUUUACAGAGAUUCAUCUCAUGUAAUGUUAAACACGGAGCUGGAUUCAAAGGAGCACCUGCAUUAUGGUUGACUAAGAGCCAUGCCUGGCCAGUAACUUCCAUCAUUUUCAUCUCAUUUUCUAAAUUCUAAAGACCACAUUCACACAGUAUAAACACUGUCCAAUAAUCACUUGUGACACACUCAUUGAUCAUCACAACUAAUCCUCAUGCAUGUACAGCGCUCACAGCUGUGUAAGCUAUACAGUUGCUAGAUAAGCAACAGAGACAGAUUCCUGUCAGAGCGAAACUGGACUUUUGCAAGCAAAUAUAAGCACAAUGAGAAUUGAUAUCUCACAAAAGAAGUUUAAAAAAUGAAGACAAUUUCAUAACAAAUAAUAUAUUCACCUUCAAAAGUAAUGGACCUCAAGUUGUCAAACCUUAACUACAAAAUGUUUUAGGAUGUCACUUUCACCAUCUGGCAGUUUACAGACGUUCAACCUUCCCAGCUGGCUCAGUCAGCCCGUUUCCCAUCAAAACAAGCAGUGGAGGCUGAAGCCUCCCUCCUUUCUCUGAUAACCAGAGAUCCUACCUCACUUCAUCCAUCCUUCAGUGAUUCUCACUUUAUCUCCAUGAAAGGUCAAUUCCAUUGCUUGGCCUGAAGGAUUCCACUGAAAUAUGAACUGGGGGUCUGCCAAGGAAUGCAGAGGUUAGACCAAGAGGCGUUCUGGGAUGAGAAUUAUUGAACCAAAGGGCACAAUAUAUUUGUACAUGUGAUAAAUUAACACAAUUAUUUGCAGCUUUGACAUGUUUAAUUUUCUGUAUUUAUCAUCAGCAUGGCUCCUGAAAACCCCAUCAACCUGGACUUCUUUUGGUUUUAUAUCUACCUGAAAGAAAAAACUGGUUGCAUGUUUACAAAGUGGCCCCGUUAAAUUCUGAAUCUCUUCUUUGAUUUGAUAUAUAUAUAUGAGAGAUUUAGUUUUUAUUCCAAAGAGGUUUGUGUAUAAUGUACACAGCAAAUAAACACAAAGAAUGAAA